GUUACUGGGCUCUUCUGAAGGUUUUCAGCUUUUGGAGCAUCUGGUAAGAGAUCUCGCGUUGUGAAGAAGAAAGUAUUUAGGCUCAGGCUUCGCAAGGGCUUCUGGAUGCUGCAUCAUGGAGAUCAGCUGUCUCACAAUGGUCAGACUGGCUCUGCUUCCUCUGCCUCUGGACUCCCUUUUUCCAGUAGGCUUUGAGGCUUGUACGCAUCAAUUCCAUGAGGAAACAAGGUGACUUGUUUUUACUGGUGCUGUCUGAUGGAGUGGCCAUAGCUUGGACUGAGUUUUUGGAAAAGUCUUAAUUGUCAUCCUCAUGUUUUAAAGCCAAGGGUGAGGAAUGCUUGGCUUUCUCUCUUAAAAAAUUUUUUUAAUUCUUUAUUCUGUCACCCAUACCUCUAAGCUCUCCAAUUCUGAGCGCAUUUUCACAUAAGCUUGCUUUGCGAUGUCUUUGGCCAGUCAUUCUAGGGAAUAAAAGCUACUUUUCUAUUGAUUCAAAACGUUCCACAGACUAAUGAAACUAAUACCACAUCAAGGUUCAGUUGGUAUGGUGCGAGCUGGGCUGUAUGGCUGUAAGCACGUUAUGAGUGGUGGAAACGGCAUGUACAGUGCUCAAACCAGCGCUGAGGCUGUUUGGGCUGUGCCUCUUUGCUGCAGAACAGAAACUUUUCUGACUUCAGUUGGUGUUGUGGUUGCCCAGCCUCACCCGAUGUGGUAAUUGUGGAAACUUGUAUCACGAUGGUGCUGAAGGAUGCUUUUGGAUUCGUGUAGGUACGGACUUGAUCUGCUUUCUGGUUCUUGUGAGGGGAGAAACCCAAACUCUUCUGUGUCUUGUGCUCACAAAUGCAACUUGAAUAACCCUGCCGCCUUCAGUGGGCAGCUAGUGUUGUUACUCCUUAAACGAAGGAGCUGUCGAAGCUGAGAGGAUGUCACUGGAGAGCCUGCAGCGGUGAGAUCAUAGCUUGUUUCAAAGACUGCAAUAGCCAAUCUCCCGCACAGCCCCCUGCCAGAAAUGACUGACUGCUUGCUCUCAGGUAUUCUUUCUUCAAGCAUCUCCAUCAGUGGGAUGUGAAGGGUCAAGGGGUGUGCAGCAGGGAGGAAGAACGUGUUCACAUGCAACUUACGAACUUCAGCCUGUGCUCUGGACCUUGCACAGGCUGCCUAACAAUCUCUUCAAGCAGUGAGCUAGUGGGGGACCAGCUGAGAGCAGGUUGAGGAGCAAGGCUGAUCCUGAAAGCCAGUUGUCUUGACAGUUCUCUGUUUUGUCCCCUCCCCAAAUGACUGAAUUUGUAAACUGGGCUAACUUAGUGUGUGUUUCACACAUGAACUUCAAUUUCCUGUUGUCUUGCAGGAAUGACACCAAGGAAGAUGUGUUUGUCCAUCAGACUGCCAUAAAGAAGAAUAACCCCAGGAAGUACCUCCGCAGCGUAGGAGAUGGAGAGACCGUGGAGUUUGAUGUGGUUGAAGGAGAAAAGGGUGCGGAGGCAGCUAAUGUUACAGGUCCUGGUGGAGUUCCAGUGCAAGGCAGCAAAUACGCAGCAGACCGUAACCAUUACAGACGAUAUCCAGUCGUAGGGGUCCUCCACGCAACUACCAGCAAAACUAAGAAUAGUGAGAGUGGGGAAAAGAACGAAGGAGCAGAGAACAUACCAGAAGGUCAAGCCCAGCAACGCCGUCCCUAUCGCAGGCGGCGGUACCCACCUUACUAUAUGCGUAGGCCCUACGGGCGUCGACCACAAUAUUCCAACCCUCCCGUUCAGGGAGAGAUAGUGGAGGGUGCUGACAACCAGGGUGCAGGAGAACAAGGCAGACCAGUCAGGCAGAACAUGUACCGAGGAUAUAGACCACGAUUUCGCAGGGGUCCUCCUCGUCAAAGACAGCCUAGAGAGGAUGGAAACGAAGAAGAUAAAGAGAACCAGGGGGAUGAGACCCAAAGUCAGCAGCCACCUCAACGUCGGUACCGUCGUAACUUCAACUACCGACGCAGACGCCCAGAGAACCCUAAACCACAAGAUGGCAAAGAGACGAAGGCAGCCGAACCACCAGCUGAGAAUACGUCCGCUCCCGAGGCCGAGCAGGCGGGGCUGAGUAAAUACCGGCUUACCAUCUCUACCAUCAUCCGGUUUAGUCAUCAAAGAAAAGACUUAAGAAAUGAAGAAGAAAAGAAAAUGAAAUUCCAGCAAUAAGAAAUGAACAAAAGAAUUGGAACUGAAGACCUUAAGUGCUUGCUUUUUGCUGUUGACCAGAUUACUCGAACUAUCUGCAUUAUCUAUGCAGCAUGGGGUUUUUAUUAUUUUUACCUAAAGAAGUCUCCUUUUGGAAACGAUAAACACGUUUUUUAAAAGCCUGUUUUUUCUCAAUAUACCUUUAAAGGUUUUUAAAUUGUUUCAUAUCUGGUCAAGUUGAGAUUUUUAAGAACCUCAUUUUUAAUUUGUAUGAAAUAUACACCUGAUUUUUUCAAGUCAAACUGCAAGCAUCUGUUAAUA